AUGAAGGUCGCUAGCGCCGCCGCCGCCUCCCCCGGGCCCAGCUGCACCCUGAAGCGGGUGCGGCUGGGCGGGGGCGCGGGCGAGGCCGUGCGCUGCCUCUCGGAGCAAAGCGUGUCGCUGUCGCGGGCCGGCGGCGGCUCCCCGCGGGGGCUGCCCCUGCUGGAGCAGGCGGAGCAGGCGGCCGCCGCCGCCUCGCUGCUCUACGACAUGAAGGGCUGCUACUCGCGGCUGCAGGCGCUGGUGCCCACCCUGCCCCGCCACCGCCGCGUCUCCAAGGUGGAGAUCCUACAGCACGUCAUCGACUACAUCUGGGACCUGCAGCUGGAGCUGCAGCACCCGCCGGCCCGCGGCCAGCCCCUGGGGGGCGGCCCCGACGGGGAGCCCGGCGGCUCCGCGGAGCAGGCUGCCUGUGUGAGUGCCAGCGACAGGAUCCUCUGCCACUGA